AUGGUUGAUGGCAAUCAAAUUAACACAGAUUUUACGUCAACAUACAGCAAAUUAUUCCUGGAGAAAAUGGCGUUACUGAAUCGAACAUUCUUGGAGGUUUUAGAGGAUCACGUGAGGGAAAUACCCGAUGCUGAUUUGUCGCCAACAAUUCAAGACUACCUUAAACAUGUGGAAAACUUGGAUCGUAUUUAUGGUUCAAGCGAUCAUCAGUUAGCCGACGCACCAUCUUCGUUUGCAUUUGGUUCUAAAACUAAUGGUAGUUCAGAGAAGAAAACGACUGCCAAAAAAGGUUGUUUUUUUUGA